CGUGUCUCCCUUUGUCUUAGAUGGACCAGCCGUCUCCGACGUACAUGAUUGCCAACUUAACUCCCUUGCACUCAGAGCAGCUCCUGCAGGGCCUGAACCUCCUCCGGCAGCACCAUGAACUCUGCGACAUCAUCCUGCGGGUCGGAGACGUCAAGAUCCACGCCCACAAGGUGGUGCUCGCCAGCAUCAGCCCCUACUUCAAAGCCAUGUUCGGCGGCAACCUUUCCGAAAAGGAGAACUCCGAGGUGGAAUUCCAGUGCAUCGCUGAGGCCGCCCUGCAGGCCAUUGUGGAGUACGCUUACACGGGGACGGUGUUCAUCUCCCAGGACACGGUGGAGUCUCUCUUGCCCGCUGCCAACCUCCUCCAGAUCAAGCUCGUGCUAAAGGAAUGUUGCACCUUCCUGGAAAGCCAGCUGGAUCCCGGGAACUGCAUCGGGAUCUCUCGCUUUGCGGAGACUUACGGCUGCCACGACCUCUACUUGGCUGCCAACAAGUACAUCUGCCAGAACUUCGAAGACGUUUGCCAGACGGAGGAGUUUUUUGAGCUGACGCAUUCCGAGCUGGACGAAAUCGUCUCCAACGACUGCUUGAACGUGGUCACGGAGGAGACGGUCUUCUACGCCCUGGAGUCCUGGAUCAAGUACGACGUGCAGGAGCGUCAGAAGUACCUGGCCCAGCUGCUGCAUUGUGUGCGCCUGCCGCUGCUGAGCGUGAAGUUCCUCACCAGGCUCUAUGAGGCCAACCACCUCAUCCGCGACGACCACACCUGCAAGCACCUGCUGAACGAAGCCCUGAAGUACCACUUCAUGCCUGAGCACAGGUUGUCCUAUCAGACAGUGCUGACGACACGCCCUCGCUGCCCGCCUAAAGUGCUCUGUGCUGUGGGAGGAAAAGCCGGACUCUUUGCCUGCUUAGAAAGCGUGGAGAUGUACUUUCCUCAGAACGACUCCUGGAUAGGCCUGGCGCCUCUCCGCGUCCCUCGCUACGAAUUCGGGAUUUGUGUUCUCGACCAGAAGAUCUACGUGAUGGGUGGGAUCGCUGCCCCCACGUGCCAAGGCGCCGACUACAACAAACACGAGCGGUCGGUGGAAUGCUGGGAUCCCGACACCAACACCUGGGCGUCACUGGAGAGCAUGAGCGAGGGCCGGAGCACCCUGGGCGUGGCAGUCCUGGCGCGAGAAAUCUAUGCCCUGGGGGGUUACGACGGGCAGUCCUACCUGCAGUCCGUGGAGAAGUACAUCGCCAGGGUAAAGGAGUGGCAGCCCAUCGCACCCAUGGGCAAAACCAGGAGCUGUUUCUCCGCAGCUGUGUUGGACGGCAUGAUCUAUGCCAUCGGCGGCUACGGCCCUGCUCAUAUGAACAGCGUGGAACGAUAUGAUCCCAGCAAAGACUCUUGGGAGACAGUUGCUCCGAUGGCUGACAAGCGGAUAAACUUUGGUGUCGGGGUGAUGCUGGGCUUCAUUUUCGUAGUCGGAGGACACAACGGAGUCUCUCACUUGUCCAGCAUUGAGAGAUACGACCCUCACCAAAACCAGUGGACUGUUUGCCGGCCAAUGAAGGAACCCAGAACAGGAGUCGGCGCUGCCGUCAUCGACACCGACCUGUACGUGGUGGGCGGCCACUCGGGCUCCUCCUACCUGAAUACCGUUCAGAAGUACGACCCCGUCUCUGACGCCUGGCUGGACACGGCUGGCAUGAUGCACUGCAGGUGCAACUUCGGCUUGACCGCGCUUUGAAGAGGCUUCGCCGGUAGACGCAACGGGCAGGAAGACGCCGGCCACGCGGAGACCAGGAGCCGCCUUUCUGGGAGUUGGGAGGAAG